UCCCCAUCCAAUCCAUUGCAUUGUAAAGAUGGUUGGAAUGGAGCAUUGAUGGAACGACAACAGGUUUAGGUUGUCAAAAUCAUGAAAUCAUUUUCAGUGUAUGAGCUGUCAGUCGUGUUUUUGCAAUAAGAUCUUUAAGAUCAUUGCAAAUUUAGUGUUUUAUAUGGACCUAUGAGGGAGCUGUAUAUUUGUAGCUUGCAGUGUAAGCUAGGCUAGUGCUAGCUUGUCAAAUAAAUGAAUCCCUUACUUCCGUGCAUCUGAUUGCCGUAGCUAGCUAGCUAGCAAGCUAAAUACCCAGCUGUUCACCAUUUACUGUGCGUCCUACCCAUCAUCAUGGCUAUCCCCCAGUUCCGCCUGUUUAAAUUAUGCACAUGCCUCGCUACCCUGCUCUCUUUCUUCAAAAGGCUGAUUUGCAGGUCAGGGAGGUUACGCAAGCUGAGCGGUGACCAGAUCACUCUUCCUACCACAGUGGACUUCUCAUCCGUACCCAAACAGCCAGAAAUAGAGGAGUGGAGCUCAUGGGACGAGGAUGGGCCUACCAGCAUCAAGAUCGAGGGCGGGAACGGCAACGUAGCUCCACCCUCACCCGACCAGGAGGAGGAGGAGCCAGACUACUUUAAAGACAUGACCCCCACCAUCAGGAAAACACAAAAGAUCGUGCUGAAGAAGAGGGAGCCUCUGACCUACCUGGCUCCUGACGGUCCAGGGGGCUACUCCAGCCGCCUGGCGGCCACUCAGGACACCUCCUUCAUCCAGCCCUCGUCUGAGCUGGGGGACAUGGACGCCUGGCAGGAGGAUCCCAGCGCCUGGGAGGAGGAGUCCGACGCAGCCUGGGAGGCUGAGGAGGUCCUCAGGCAACAGAAGCUGGCAGACAGGGAGAAGCGUUCCCUGGAGCAGCAGAGGAAGAAGAUGGAGAAGGACGCUCAGAGGAUGAUGAGGAAGGAGCAGAAGAUGGCCGUCAAGCUGUCCUAACACAAAGGGAGUCGUCACAAACACUGAACAUGAACAUGUAAUACCUGCCGCCACCUUCCCCUCCUUCGAAACGGGAUCUUCAUCGUCGUCAUCAUCGAUCCUCGACUGUCAUUCACCUUGAACAGUACCAGCAACCAAGGGCAUCAAUGAGGCUGUGCAUUGCAGGGGUAACCACACUUGGGACUGCAGGCCCUCGCUGGCCCCUGGUUACCCUGACCCCCCCCCCUCCAUGGGCACAACAUUGAAAGCGCAGGCCCUGGAGGCUGGCCUCUCCCCUCUGGUCACCGUCAGCAGAGGCUGAAGUAAUUAGAGUCCCCCCCCCCCCCCCCCCCCCCCCCAUCUGUCACCCAGGCUAGGCUCACAUUUCUGUAAGUAGACGCUAGAUCUAGAAUACAAAGAACCGUUGACAUUUCUGCUUCCCAGGAUUAUGUAUAAAUAUACUUCAGCCCGCCGUAUGGCGCUGGUGGAGUGGAGGAGGUGCGAUCUGUCUUAUUUGUCUGCCAGUAUACAAAAGAGGGUCAUUUUAUUCAGAAUACAUUUUAGUGGAUAAAUCCGUGACAUCCCUUUUUUUGCUUGAUCAUUGUGCUUUUUAUUUAAAUGUUCUUCUUCCUGGUUAAAAACACGUGUUCUCAGUGCUGUUGCGUGAUAUCCUCUGCAGCCCUGCCCUCAAUACUCUGGCACUCAGAGGAAAGGCAGGGGCAGAUUCUGAGCACGUGACAUUAAACCAAUCCCAGGGUUCUGACAAUAAAGUUCAGCCUUACCGAAGAGUUAGCUACGGGUUCCUAUGGUAACCUCGUGGCCGGUGACGCACCAGAUUCCAUCCUUUUUCGUCUGUGUCAUCAAACGAUCUCUGCUUUCUAAUACACCAAAAUACUGCAGACUCUUGUUAAGGAUAUGGAGCCAUUCAGUCAGUUCAAUGGUUUUGUUUCUGAAACAUAAUGUAGCAUACACACACACAGGCUCUCAUUGAUGUGCCCCCCAUUGGUAAGCUCAGAGUACAGAAAGAUAAAGGGAGCCAAUUACAGCUGUGGUCUGAGCCAUGGGUGAGAUGCCAGGAUGGAGUACUCCUCUCGUGACCUCUGGUGACCCCCUGAGGAGCCCCUGGACACACAACCCCACAGUCUGAUCACUGCUGGGAUGAGACGAGGACCACAACCAACACACACAGCCUGUCAAGCGUUAGUAUAACGUUGGUUUUUGAAUGCAGUGGAAGGUUUCUGGAUACCUGGGGAGAGAGGAAGAGAAGGGGAGGAGAGGAAACCCAGAGAAUAGAGAGCACUUUUAGAGAGUCUCCAACAGAGAUGUCUAGUUGUCAUGGAAACAUUAGGCAAUCAUCUUAUGCGGAUGAGUUGCCGUGAGAGCAGUUCAUAUGUUUGAAUAGAGCCUGUAUGGUAGAUAUCAAACAGACCUGUUGGGUGGUGAGGAUGACAUUCUAAUUAGACUCUGACCUCCUAACAGGUCUGUAGGGGUGAGACGACAUUUGUUCUGAAUGUUACAAAGAUGGAUGUUUCUGGAGCUACAGGGUGCUUAUGUUAAUUUGGAGACAUUUAGCUGAAGGAAUCACUCAUUGUUCUAAAUUGUGGGAUGCUUUCAUCAGAGCAUUUCGUAUAUUAAGGCCAUUGCAUGAAUUGGUGAAAUAACUACACAAAGAGAUUUGGUUAAUGGCAAUACUGUUCUAUUUUACGUCAAGUUUGGGUUCACUUGUUUUUUUAAAUGAGCUAUGAUGCUUUGAAAUGUGCAUGAUGUCAUUUUUUCUUUGUCAAUAAAUAUCGUUUAAUUUUUUGCACAUUAUUCAUUUUCAAUAAAAAUUGUCUGGAUCCCUU